AUUUUCAAAAAUACCUCCAAGAAAUAGAAAAUCCCGAUUAUGAUGGACCCGACAUUUCGCAAGCCUUGCCUGUUAAUGCUUCCCCAAUUGAGAAAGCCAAAUAUAAACUUUGUGAGAAAAUACUGGCUUAUCAGCAAGAUAAUAAUUUACUGAUUGAGGAG